AUAAAUGUGAAAAACAGAAUCAAUUCUAAAAAGAUAUCUAAUCGUAGAUAUGCCUACAAACGUGCUUAUAAGAAAGCACAAGAUAUAUUAUAUCAGAAAAUAGGUAAUACAUACGAAAUAUAUUAUAGAGAUUGGUUAAGCUUUGAAGACUUUAAGGUAGGCGACCCUGUUUUGAGAUUAUGGAAGAGAUUCAUAAAGUAUGCUAAAGCAUAUACUGGAAAUAAUAAUUUCUCAGUAAGUACUGAG